CAAGUUCCCAAAGGGAAAAACUGUCAGCAUAUGCUACAUGGGGUUUACUGAAUACCCCAAAGAUGAAGCCACAAAGUCCCAAAACGACAAACGAAUAAGGGCGAGAGACAAGGCAUAAAAAAUAAAUGAAUAACAUAAAAAUAAAUCAUACGCCCCAUCGGCCACCCAGUAAAAAGUAAGCCAAUACCGUAACCAUUACCCUCGCUGCAAAAUCACACUCCCCCACAGCCCAUGGACGGCUUCCCCCCAUUUUCAUGGCGCUAAUAAAUGCUUAUCGAAGACGCAUAAAGCGAGUAAAUUCGCAGCCAUUAAACGAGCAUAAAACUCGAUCGGGCCGAAGUGAAAUUGUGGGGCCGACAAAUCAAAGUACAAGCCUCGGAGCCUCGGGUCCAUUCGCAUUCCCCCUAUUUCCCAGUCAUGAAAUAAAACCAGGCAACAAUGAAACCCAAAGCGGCUUCCAAACGAUUCGGACCCAGGAAUUGGCCACCCACAAACUAAAACCCAAACCCCCAGAGAAGCUUCCCUUAACCACCAUCCCGGGCCAACAUUUCAAGCCACCUCCUGCUCGGCACCAACACUCGCUAUAUAACCAUCUUACCCAACGUUGACAGCAUACAAAGUAACUUAAAUCGAAACAAUAAAGCGGCAACUUUGUUCCAAGAAAAAAUGCAAAAGAAAGCAAAAUGAACACUGAAAAAACGUAGCAGAGAGUGGGAAAAGGAACGAGUAGAAGUGUGAACAUACUCUUCUG